CGUCGGAGUGAACAGGGCACAGAUUAGAGGAUUCACUGAUUGCCUGCGAGAACCAUGUUGAGGAGAGCGAGCAGCUCGAGCAGCGGGAAGAGCAACACUUCACGGCGGAGCAGCUCUGUAGGCUUCGAUGAGUUCGGCUUUGCUUUCAGUAAGAAAAGAGUCAGGAAACUCCAACACAGAAGUCAUGACUACAGUUAUCCUCAGCCUAAUCCAGUUAAAGUGAAGGAGCUGUGUGAAUUUCUCACUUACUGGAAUGGAUCCAGUUUCAUCUGCAGAAAUCAGAUUGAGAGGUUUAUUCGAAUUGGUAUUCCUCCGGCGAUACGUGGACGAGUUUGGAAAUGCCUCCUAAAUAUCGACAGUCUCAGAGCUGCUAGCUCUUUUGAUUAUGAGGCGUGUCAGGCUGAGAUCCGUAGACCUCUUGUGGAUCUUGGAGUCAGUGAGUACAGCAUCAUCUCCACUAUAGACUCUCUAGUGGACACAGAGAAUGAGAUCAGCAGCGGACAGUCGGAUCUCCCCAGUGCUGACCUCACACUCUUCAAACAGAUCGCCCUUGACCUACGAAGGUCAUUUCCGACCCAUCGUACUCUGAUGGGGGAUCGUCCCGAGGCUAUUGAGGGCCAGGCCAAACUUUUCAGAGUUCUUACCGCAUUUGCCCGAUAUAAUCCCCAGAUUGGAUAUGUACAAGGGAUGUCCUAUAUAGCUGCUGUGCUCCUAAUGAUCCUGUCUGAAGAAGACGCUUUCUGGGCUCUGGUUGCUCUGUUAGAGAAGCCCAAGUAUCUCUCAGGGCUCUUUGAUUCCUCUAUGAAGAAGAUUCAACUUCAAGCUUUGGUUUUUCACCAGCUCCUGAAACACAGGAAACCUCUGCUCUUCCAGCACUUGGAGACUCUUGGGGUGUCGUCUUUGCAUUUCAUCAUGCAGUGGUUUCUUACCCUCUUCACCUCCCUGCCGUGCUGGGACUCGGUUUUGGCCAUCUGGGAUCUUAUCAUGCUGCAUGGGCUGCAGGCUGUAUUUCGCACUGGCCUCACCAUCAUCCUGCUACUGGAGUCUCGUAUCAUGAACAUGACUGAGGAGGCCGCCGUGCUGCCCGUUCUGCUGCGAGUGCCUAUGGAUGUCUCCCAACAUCGUGUCCUGAUCCCGGCACUCUGGAACACUGAUGUUCAGGAAUGGGAAAUCAACUGCAUGAACAGCCUGGUAUUGGAAGAGGCCAAUGGUGGACAUGAUGAAGGUAAACAAACGCAUACGCACAAUCCCACUUUAAAACAUCCGAGCAUACGAGGACAACUUUCUCGAUUUCAACAAUGA